GUCGCUUUCUUGGGCCGGUUUUGCGGUAAUUUAGAAAUGGUCUCGUUGCAGAGAAAUGCAACCACAGCGACGACGUCACAACGGCUGGAACUGGCCUCCAUCAUUUUUGCAACUGUUUCUCUGGAUGACAAUACCAGUGGUAGCUUUGAGUACCGCAUUUUUGUUCAUACCUUUGCACAUAUUAUACGCAUCUGUUGCCAUAUUUAUUGGGACAAUAUGGCUUGUAUUACAAAUCAUUGUAUUGACAUGCAUCGAUCCAGCGGCGAGCAAUCUGCAGAAAGAUCAAGCUCCAGCAUAUUUCGACGCCAGCAAGCAUAAGCAUGUCAUCGAGAAUCUCUUCUGCAAUAUUUGCCUAAUUAAUGUGUUAGCAACUUUCUAUUUCUUUAUGAAAUCAAUAUACAAUUUUCGCUUUUGAACUCUUUCAUACCUUAUAGAAUAAGUCAACAAGCUUUGAAACGUACUUUCCAAUCCUAAAAAUGAUAAUAUUAUGGUUUCGUAGAUGAAUAAUGAUGAUUGUUAAAACAUUCCUCAUGCUCCGUACAACUUACCGGAAAGUGUUAUGAAAUUAAGCACAGUGAUGUAUGCGCUUGUACCGAUGAGUUCUUUGUUUUUAAUAACUCGUACAUAAGAGUGGACGACGUACAAGGAC